GAAGCUUUAAACUGUAUUGACUUCAAAAUUCAAAUUGGUUUGGAAAAACCAUCACGCAUAAGAAAAAAUUUUCGCAAUAAAUCAAAUUAACUUAUAAAUAGUACUAUGGUGGCAAUAAAAUUACUCAUUUUUAUCGUUAUCCUAGCAUCCUUGAUGUGUUCAGAUAUUGUAGAUGCAGCCGCUAAAAAGCAACGUCGUAAUGUUAAACUUAAAAAGUCUACGCAGAAUGGAAAACUAAAGGGUAAUUUGAAAGCGGGCCCCGCUUCAAAAUCGAAUCAACGCAAUGGCAAAAUGAAUUAUUACAAUACACAUUUUUGGCCUUCAACAUCCACAUAUUAUCGUCCUGCUACCAGUUCACCCUUAUUUUUACGCUCGCCCUCAACAACAUCAUCAUCCUCAUCUAUGUUUUAUCCUAUGCACUGGUCGAAUACCUAUAUUAAUCCAUCCUCUUUUAUGUCUUCAAAUACCUUAAGGCGUACCGAUGAAUUUCCCUCGUCUCCUGUCCAGUCUCAAGCUCAGUCAUCAAUGAUGUCAUUGCCCAGUUCAAGCAGCCCCAUGAUGUCAAUGGGUAAUUCUCAAAUACCUACUCUCUAUGAUAUGAGUGCAUUUACGGGUAAUUCUGCUCUGCUGGAACAUCCGUUUGGUAAUUCUAAUCAAAAUUUAUGGUCGGUUGGUGAAACGGUAGCUCCGACAUCGAAAUCUAAAUUGAAUCUAUUUAAUAGUUUUAAUUAUAAUGAUGACGGUGGUCUAUUGAGCGGUUUUUUAAAUCAAUUUUUAAAAUAA